AUGUCCAGGCGUACUAUGGGUAUUUCCAAGGCUGUAAGGAUAUCCUCUCCGCGUCCUCGAUCAUCGUCGUCCACCGGGCUAAGAACAGGGCUCGGAUACAGCGUUCAACUCUGCGACGGAUCUUUACCUCGCAGUCUUCGCUACGUACAUGUUCUGGAAUCUGAAUUUGAAGCUGCACGUCAAACUCGGGAUAAUCAUUCUGCUCAGCUUGGGCAUUCUGUGGGUCCUCUUGUGUGCCUGUUUGCGUCUCGCACUUCCAAGCUGACCCUAUGUCCCCCCAGGGCCAUGACGGCGUCCAUCAUCAAGACUGUCCAAACACAUAUCCUCGCCAAGAUGGACCACGACCCGACAACCGCCACGGUCAACCUGGAACGGUGGCUGUACAUAGAGACCUACCUGGUGAUCAUCACGGCUUCCAUCCCUUGUAUCCGUUCGCUGACGCGAUCCGUGAAGAAACGGUCGCACCUCGCCGGCGGAGAUGCGCACGAACUAAGCUCACCAUAUGCUGAACAUCGGAGGCCAGUGUUCCCAGCCAGGCGACCGGAAGUUCUUGUGGGGUGGGAGCAAGUUCAAAACGACUCUGAAGCGCCCAGCAGCGAUGAUAGUGUCUUCGAGGGGGUCUACCGUGGUCGAAUGCACCAGUCGAAAAUCACAAAGGGGGUCCGUAUAUCCGUGCAUUCAGGGACGGCAGAGACUCUCUAG